AUGGCCUGUGGCCAAGGAGGAUACCAGGCAGUUUUGAGUAACUCUGUCUGUAGUGCAAUGAAGAGCGAAAUACCAUCAUGUUUGAGCUCUAUCUCGCAAUGCUAUUCCAGUAAUAGCCAACUACAAUGUGUACAAGCUACAAACCAAUGUAAUGAAGACGAGUACGAACCAUUGGCAGAAACCGGAUUGAACGUUUAUGAUCUCAGAACCCAGUGUCAAGGAGAGCUCUGUUAUGCUGGACUAAAUGACGUAUCGACCUAUUUGAACCAAGCCAGCGUUAAACAAGCAUUGGGGGCCAACCCUCAAAUUACGUUCCAGGAUUGUAACGAUGAUAUCAAUGAAGCAUUCUCAACAGCCGGUGAUUAUAUCCACUCAUUUGCACCAGAUGUUGCACAGAUUCUGGAAGCCAACAUCCCCAUACUCAUCUACGCUGGAGACAAAGAUUUCAUUUGUAACUGGCUCGGAUGUCGAGCCUGGACGAGAGCACUAGAAUGGCCAGGCCAAAGCGAGUACAACAAUGCUUCAUCAGUUCCCUGGAUGUCAGGUCAAACUCACGCUGGAGACGUUACCAAUUACCAACAUUUCACUUUCCUGAGAAUCUACAACGCCGGUCAUAUGGUACCCCAUGACCAGCCCCAAGCUGCACUCACAAUGCUUAACCAGUGGCUACAAGGAGAUUACAGUCUCCAAGGAUAA